AGAUGCCAUAUAGAUACCCCUAUCUCCCGAAAAUUGAUUGAAGAAACUCAAGUUUCAUAUUCUAGCGAAGAGGUUAGCUGUGUGAGGACACUGAAAUGUUCAUCGUGCAGUUUCAAUACGGAAAAGGUUAAGAAAAAUACAGGAAGACAAAAAAGAAAAUUUCUGUUUCACAAAUAUCCAAGAGAAGACUAUUUUGCGAAUAAUAACAUAAUAUUGCAUGGAAUUUGAUAGCUCCUGUUCCUACUAUAACAAAUACCAACAUGCUAUAUUUAUAUGAAAGACUAAUAUAGCUUUCAACAAGAAUAUAUCAAGAUUUGAAAACUAAGCAGCCCAUUGUGGAUUACUGCAUUGAUGUGAGGCAUAUUAAAGAUUCUAAAAGGCUAUUUCAUAAGAUCCAUGUGUUGCCAUCUGUAUACAAGUGAUUAAUUUAUCCUGUGGAUCAGUGAUGGAAAUGGGACAGUUAACUACAAGGAAAGGAUUUCUGCUUGAACAUAAAACUAUUGGAUAUAGUGCAAAAAUAAUUUUGAUGAAGCUGCUGGUCUCUUUAUAAAUGGAGAGUGGAUGCCUUUAGAUGAUGUACUUUCAGAUAAGGCAAAAGAAGAUGGUUGUUUUCAGGCAAAGUCAUCCAAAGAGAGAGCUGUCCACUUUAUAAUGAGUCAGAUUUUCUAUCAGGAGCUGGAAAGUCCAGAUGCAUUGGAGAUGGAGGCUGUAUUUGAUCUUCCUGACUUUACAGAUGAUAUAACCAUUCUCUGGCAGAAUGGUACAGCAGUUGGAUUUUACAGUACAAAACAGAAAGGUGUAACAGAUGAACGAACAGCUGAGCAGUAUCCAAUGGUCACUCUUGACUCUAUAUAUGUCUCCCCAUUUCAUCGACGAUGUGGAGCUGCUACAAAGUUGCUUGAGCAUCUUGCUGCAACUCAUUGUGAUCAAGAUAUUGCUGUUAGUACGCCUAUCUCAUCCACAAUGAGAAAAGUGCUGAAGAAAUUUCUUGCAGAGAGACCAACAUACCGGCGAAAAUUUUGGGAAGUAGAAGGGACAGGACAAGAAGGAGACAGAAAAUUGAUAUGGUAUUCUCUGCUGAAGAAAGAAAGACUGUUACAGAAGACUGAAAGAAGUAAUUCACAAGUUCCUAUUUAGUCCUUCGAAGAACAAAAACCUAUGAAUGAAAAUUUUAGUAAUGUUUGUUAUGCCAAUUCAUCAGAACCAUGGAGGAGAGUGGAGAGAGAGAGAAUAAACUAAGUUUCUCCCAAACAUUUCUUCUGUUAAUGUAUAACUUUUUAUGUUCAUUUAUAUGGCAUCUCUUCUUCAUAAUGAAAUCUACAGCACA